UCCGCGCGCCGAAGCUCACGCUCAUCCUGGUUUCACUCUUCAAGGGUCGCGCGAGCUCCGAAACCCCCUCUACCGGAGAGCGGACCGAACGCGCUCACCGCUGCCAAACGGCUUCAGGCUCCUCCUGGAAAUCUGGAAGUCAGAAGUAGGGAGAGAGGGCGAGAGAGACAUACCAUCGCAAGGACUCGCCGUGCUCACCUGCGUUGGUCGAGACAUCUCCAAAGUAGAGGUCUGAGCGAAGCCGGCAGUGUUACCCCACAGUCGGGCUUCACGUUCCCGAAACUGCCAACAUGGACAAAGUUUUCGCUUGCCUUGUUACCGCGGUCAGCCUCUUGGCGUCGGUGCGAGGACAGGUAUAUAACGGCGACUGCAGCUUCGAGAAGCCGCUCUCAGUGUGUGGCUACAGCCAGGGGCGUGAGGACGACCUCGAGUGGGAGCAGGUCAACACCAAAGAGAAGCCCCCGACCAACCCAUGGACACCUCCAGGCGCCGCCUUCGUGAUGGUCAACACGUCGGGCCGUUUCUCGGGCCAGAAGGCCCUGCUCCUCAGCCCCCAGCUCAAAGAGAACGAUACCCACUGCGUCACCCUCCGCUACUUGGUGUCGAGCCAGGGCAGCGGCAGCCCUGGACGCCUCAGUGUCUACAUCAAGGAGAACCACAGUCCUACGGGGCUGCCCGUCUGGAACAUCUCUGGGCCCGUCAGCAGGACCUGGAGCCAAGUGGAACUCGCUGUCAGCAUCUACUGGCCCAACUUCUACCAGAUCGUCUUUGAAGCUGUGACCUCAGGCCAGCGCGGCUUGGUGGCCAUCAAGGAUGUCGUCGUCCAGGGCCAUCAGUGCAUGACGACGCCCCACUUCCUCCAUAUUAAAGGUGUGGAGGUGAACGCAGGGCAGACAGCGAAGUUCCACUGCACCGUCAACGGAGAGCAGAAAGCCAACUUCCACCUGUGGCUGCAGGGUAUAGGUGGGCGGGAGACUCCAAUGACGACUUCCAAGCCAUGGAACAACCAGCGGUUCAUCGGCGUGUUCGACGUGGAGAACACCACGAAGCACGACUCAGGCCGCUACCGCUGCAUUGUGCACUCCAGCCGAGGGGUGGGCGUGUCCAACUAUGGAGAACUGACCAUCAAACAGCCGCCUGUCCCCAUCGCUCCACCGCAGCUGACGGCGGUGGGCGCUACUUACCUGUGGAUCCAGCUCAAUGCCAACUCCAUCAACGGCGACGGACCCAUCGUCAACCGCCAGGUGGAGUAUCGCACCGUCUCCGGCACCAUGUACGACCUGCAGCCCGUCGACAAGAGCUCGCACAAGAUCGGCCACCUGGAACCCGACACCGAGUACGAGAUCAGCGUGCUCCUCACCCGGCCGCUAGAGGGCGGCACAGGGGCACCUGGCCCGCCGCUGAGGGCUCGCACCAAGUGCGCCGAGCCCAUGCACGGCCCACGCCACCUCAAAGUGGUGGACAUCCAGUCGCGUCAGGUGACGCUGUCGUGGGAGCCGUUCGGCUACAACGUGACGCGCUGCCACAACUAUAGCCUGACGGCGCGCUACGCAGCCCUGGCCGGAGGCCGGGAGGAGAGCCGCGAGGAGGUUGCCUACGGUAGCAAGAGCUCGCUGGCCCAGCACACCAUCCGCAACCUGACGCCCUACACCAACCUCAGCGUCAAGCUGGUCCUGGGAAACCGCGAGGGUGUGAAGGAGAGCGCCGAGAUCCACGUGCAGACCGACGAGGACGUGCCAGGGGAGGUUCCUCUGGACUCCAUCCAGGCCAGCGUGUAUGAGGACAGGAUUGUUCUCAAGUGGAGGGAGCCUUCUCACACUUACGGAGUCAUCACUCUGUAUGAGAUCUCCUACAAAGCAGUGAGCUCGUUCGACCCAGCGCUGGACCUCUCGAACCAGAGCGGUCAGGUGAUCAAACAGGGCAACGAGACGAGCCACGCCUUCUUGGGCCUCUACCCAGGCUCCACCUACUCCUUCGCCCUUCGUGCCAGCACUGCCAAGGGCUACGGCACGCCCGCCAUCACACAGGACACCACGAAGAUCUCAGCUCCUUCUAUGCCAAUCUAUGAUCAGGAGACAUCUCUGAACCAGACUGACACCACAGUCACGGUCGUUCUCAAACCGGCCCAAAGCAGGGGUGCACCAGUAAGUGUGUAUCAGGUGGUGGUGGAGGAGGAGAGACCCAGGAGGGCACGUGGAGGAGAGGCGGAGAUCCUUCGCUGUUACCCUGUCCCGCUCCACUACCACAAUGCCACCUCGCUCAACUCCAAGUACUACUUCACGGCAGAGUUCCCCUCCGGGAACAUACCCUCCCCCCAGCCUUUCACCGUGGGGGACAACAGAACCUACAGCGGCUUCUGGAACGCCCCGCUACUGCCACACAAAAGCUACAGCAUCUACUACCAGGCAGUCAGCUCUGCUAAUGGGGAGACCAAAAUAGACUGUGUGCGCGUGGCCACCAAAGCCGCUAUCCUCGUGACGCAGCUUACUACCCCCUACAUCCGUAUCGUCCCGGCUGCAGGCGACAGCCAACUAACAGGAGCGGCAACGCACAAACCAAACGCGGUGGAGCCAGAGAAGCAGACGGACCACACAGUGAAGAUCGCCGGCGUCAUCGCUGGCGUUCUCCUGUUCGUCAUCAUCUUCCUUGGCGUGGUUCUCCUCAUGAAGAAACGGAAACUCGCCAAGAAGCGCAAGGAGACCCUGAGCAGCACGAGGCAGGAGAUGACGGUGAUGGUGAACUCCAUGGACAAGAGCUACACGGAGCAAGGCACCAACUGCGACGAGGCGCUCUCCUUCAUGGACACGCACAACCUCAACGGCCGCUCUGGAUCCUCUCCGUGUUCUCUCACCAUGAAGACAAACACAAUGAGCACGGCCCUGCCCAACUCCUAUUACCCAGACCCCUUUGUACCCACUGCUAUCUUAGACGAGGCGCAGACGUCUGCGGGCGACACCGGCAGCCUGGCGCAGCCGCACCCGGGCCGGAAGCGCGAGGCGCCCGACGUGCCCUACCAGACAGGCCGCCUCCACCCAGCUAUCCGUGUCGCUGACCUCCUCGAGCACGUCACGCAGAUGAAGUGCGCCGAGGGAUAUGGCUUCAAGGAGGAGUAUGAGAGCUUUUUCGAAGGACAGUCUGCACCAUGGGACUCCGCUAAGAAAGAUGAGAACCGGAUGAAGAAUCGCUAUGGAAACAUCAUCGCAUAUGAUCAUUCCCGCGUGCGUCUGCAGAGUCUGGAGGGCGAGCAGAGCUCCGAUUACAUCAAUGCAAAUUACGUUGACGGCUACCACAGGCCAAACCACUACAUCGCUACACAAGGACCCAUGCAGGAGACCGUCGUCGACUUCUGGAGGAUGGUGUGGCAGGAGAACACGGCCACCAUCGUCAUGGUUACCAACCUGGUGGAGGUCGGGAGGGUGAAGUGCUGUAAAUACUGGCCGGAUGACACGGAGAUCUACCGAGACGUGAAGGUGACCCUGAUCGAGACCCAGCUACUGUCCGAGUACGUGAUCAGAACAUUCGCAGUGGAGAAGAGGGGGGCCCACGAGAUCCGGGAGAUCCAGCAGUUCCAUUUCACGGGCUGGCCGGACCACGGCGUGCCCUACCACGCCACAGGUCUGCUGGGCUUCAUCCGAAGGGUGAAGGCGAAGUCUCCCACCAGCGCUGGCCCCAUCGUGGUACACUGCAGCGCGGGGGCGGGACGAACAGGCUGUUUUAUCGUGAUUGACAUCAUGCUGGACAUGGCGGAGAGGGAGGGCGUGGUGGACAUCUACAACUGCGUGCGAGAGCUGCGAUCCCGACGCGUCAACAUGGUCCAGACUGAGGAGCAGUAUGUCUUCAUCCAUGAUGCCAUUCUGGAGGCAUGUCUCUGUGGUGACACCACUAUUCCUGACAAUCAGCUUCGCUCCGUCUACUAUGACAUGAACCGUUUGGACCCCCAGACCAACUCCAGUCCAAUCAAAGAGGAGUUUCGGACCCUGAACAUGGUGACACCCACGCUGCGCGUGGAGGACUGUAGCAUUGCUCUUUUGCCCCGUAACCAUGAGAAGAACCGGUGCAUGGACGUGCUCCCGCCAGACCGCUGCCUGCCCUUCCUCAUCACCAUCGACGGAGAGAGCAGCAACUACAUCAACGCCGCACUGAUGGACAGCUAUAAGCAGCCUUCUGCGUUCAUCGUUACCCAGCAUCCUUUGCCCAACACAGUGAAGGACUUCUGGAGGCUGGUGUUGGACUACCACUGCACGUCCAUCGUCAUGCUGAACGAUGUGGACCCCGCUCAGCUCUGUCCUCAGUACUGGCCUGAGAAUGGAGUGCAUCGACACGGUCCUCUGCAGGUGGAAUUCGUGUCGGCCGAUCUUGAGGAAGAUAUCAUCAGCCGGAUAUUCCGCAUUUACAAUGCUGCUCGCCCCCAGGAUGGAUAUCGGAUGGUGCAGCAGUUCCAGUUCCUGGGCUGGCCCAUGUACCGUGACACGCCCAUGUCCAAGCGCUCCUUCCUCAAACUCAUCCACCAGGUGGACAAAUGGCAGGAGGAGUAUGAUGGAGGAGAAGGACGAACUGUAGUGCACUGCUUGAAUGGUGGUGGGCGUAGCGGAGCAUUCUGCGCCAUCAGCAUUGUGAGUGAGAUGCUGCGACACCAGCGUUCGGUGGACGUGUUCCACGCUGUCAAAACCCUCCGCAACAACAAGCCCAACAUGGUGGACCUCCUGGAGCAGUACAAGUUCUGCUAUGAAGUGGCUUUGGAGUACCUGAAUUCCGGAUAACUCCGCUCGCUCUUAAAAGACAUUUUUUACUUUGGGCUGCUUGGCAUCCUCGGACGUUUGGUGUGUGUGUGUGCGUGUGUGUGUGUGUGUGUGUGUGUGUGUGUGUGCGUGUGAGCACAGCACCGUGGGUCGGGCGGGCGUGCGUGUGUGUGCCUGCUUGUAUAUUUCCGCAAAUGUCUGUUCAUCUCACCAGGUUUUUCCCCUGCCUCUCCGAGAGCACCACAUGCUGUUCAAGAGCUCUGCCGUCUGCCUGUACACUAACUGAAGCACGGGUGUGUUUUUCGUGGUGACCCGGCCCGGACCGGACCGGACCGGCUUCGUUCAGGGCCUGCGCCAUUGGACCGUGCGGCCGUGUCCCAGCACUUCCUCCUGCACAUUGUUGUGGUGUUUCCCAUUUCUCACUGACCUGUGCCGAAUCACGCUGACGGCGACCGUUAGCUGAGAAUCGGGAAUCUCAAUGGGUUUUAUUUUCCUCGUUGUUGUGUAUAUCAAUCUUUAUAUGGUGACGUACGAAGAGUUGACAUGGCAACCACUGCAUCACUGCAUACUCUGCACCACGUUGAAGUGAUCCAAAGCAUUUCUUUCUCCACUUUUUUUUGCUAUUUUUUGUUUAUAUUGUAAAUAUGACCAGUCUAGUGCAUUAUUUAUUCACGCUGUGUAUUUCUGUUGUGCAACACUGGCAAUCGUGUACUGGGUUCAUUGGUUGAUUCACCCAGAAAGUAUUGUCAACUUUGGUUCAUCUUGUCUGAAAGAAAUAUUGUAAAUGUUCAAAUAUAUACUGUAUGUAUUAUAA